AUGAAGCUGCUACUAGUGCUAAUGGCUGUGGCCACAGCGCAGAUAGUGCCCAACACUAUCCCUACGAACACAAAUACGAACACUAAUGCGAUCAAUACCAACGCAAUUAAUACCAACAUCAACAACAAUGGGUCUUACUCAAUAUCGUCGUCGAUAUCUAGUGUGUCGUCAGUGCAAUCGAUAAGCUCUUUCAGCUCUUUUAGCUCGCUGUCGAGCUCUUCAAGCUCAUCGAUAGCCUCUGUCCCUACUUUAUCGGUGCUACCAACAUCAAGCAACUCAUCGACGAUAUCAUCGACGUCGCUAUCCUCUUCUUCAUCGUCAUCUGCAUCUUCAUCGUUGUCAUCGUCGUCAUCUUCUAUUUCGUCCUCGUCCUCGUCAUCGUCUUCAUCUACUACAUCAUCUACUUCGUCAUCGUCAUCGUCAUCGUCAUCGUCCUCAUCAUCGUCCUCCUCCUCCUCAUCGUCUUCCUCUACUAUUACCACACCUACAACUACAGAGAAUCCUACCAUCACUAGUAUUAUUGAAGGUAAGACAAUUUUGUCGGAUCUAUACACUACAAUUACUUACACACCAACAGCGACCCAUGGAGCCAACAAUAAAAAAGUUCACCACGGACUUUCCAAGAAGAACCGUAACAUUGUGAUAGGUUGCGUUGUAGGUAUCGGUGUUCCGCUCAUUGUGCUGACACUAUUCCUGCUCUAUGUAUUCUGUAUUCGCUCGCCAAAGACAGACUUCAUCAACUCUGAUGGUAAAGUGAUCACAGCUUACCGUCCUAACAAGAUAACCAAGUGGUGGAAUGCACUGAUGGGCAGAGAGAUAACAGAGGAGUACCAGUCGAAGUCCCCACUUGGGGGCGAGGCUUCUGACUUCGAGGACUCCGAGCUGGCUUACGCGGACGACGACGACGAGUCCCUCUCUUAUGGUGCAAGCAACAUGGAUAGCCGACAACCGAACAGAAACAACUCUGGAGCUAGCCACCCAACAAGAUCUAAUAACCUCAUCAUGGAGGAAGAUAGAUUCUACGAUGAACACGGCAACGAAUUGACAACUACCAAUUACUGA